UCAGCUGGCUUGCUGACGGACCGAGGGAGGGUUCGAUUAUGGCUUCUGGCUAAACUGCGCUGCGGUCCUUCGUCUGGUCUGGAAGUCUCUCCUUUCUCGGUGCUAACCAGGGGAACGCCACUAGCCUCCAUCAUGAGAGUUCACAGGAAGGAACCAGCCAGCAAAUAAAGAGAGCUCAAGACGAAGGUGGGGAAUUUCAUUAAGAUGCUACUAUCAGUAGGAAUGUUAAUGUUGUCUGCCACUCAGAUUUAUACUAUUCUCACAGUUCAGUUGUUUGCUUUUUUAAACCUAUUGCCAGUAGAAGCCGAUAUCUUAGCGUUUAAUUUUGAAAAUGCAACACAGACAUUUGAUGACUUACCAGCAAGAUUUGGUUAUAGGUUGCCUACUGAAGGUUUGAAGGGGUUCCUAAUAAAUUCAAAACCUGAGAAUGCCUGUGAGCCUAUAAUCCCUCCACCUCUGAAGGAUAACUCAUCCCGUGAAUUCAUUGUAUUAAUCAGAAGACUUGAUUGUAAUUUUGAUAUAAAGGUUUUGAAUGCACAGACAGCUGGGUUUAAGGCAGCAAUUGUUCACAAUGUUGAUUCUGAUGACCUCAUUAGCAUGGGAUCUCAAGACAUUGAAAUUUUAAAGAAGAUUGACAUUCCAUCAGUUUUCAUUGGCGAAACAUCCGCGAAAUCUCUUAAAGAAGAAUUUACUUUCGAAAAAGGAGGCCAUAUCGUGCUAAUCCCAGAAUUCAGCCUUCCUUUGGAAUAUUAUCUAAUCCCAUUCUUAAUAAUUGUGGGAAUCUGUCUCAUCCUUAUAGUUAUAUUCAUGAUAACAAAAUUUGUUCAGGACAGACACAGAGCAAGAAGGAAUCGCCUUCAAAAGGAUCAACUUAAGAAGCUUCCAGUACAUAAAUUCAAGAAAGGAGAUGAGUAUGAUGUUUGUGCCAUUUGCCUGGAUGAAUAUGAGGAUGGAGAUAAACUCAGAAUUCUUCCUUGUUCUCAUGCCUACCAUUGCAAAUGUGUGGAUCCUUGGCUAACUAAAACGAAGAAAACAUGUCCUGUCUGUAAACAGAAAGUGGUCCCUUCUCAGGGAGAUUCCGAUUCUGAAACAGACAGCAGUCAGGAGAAUGAAGUCUCUGAGAAUACCCCUUUGCUUAGGCCGAUUGCUUCAGCUAGCACUCAGUCUUUUGGGGCAUUAUCAGAGUCAUACUCUCAUCCCAAUAUGACAGAAUCUUCAGACUAUGAGGAAGAGGAGGAGGAAGAAGAAGGAAAUGAAGAUAUUGACAGUAGUGAUGCAGAGAAUGGAGUUACGGAAGAAAGUGUAGUAGUCCAGCUACAGCCCAAUGAUGAAAAGGAUUACAGAGCAGCAGAUCCUGUUUGAACUGCAAAAUGGGCAGUGUUACAUGAACUCCUGUCCCGAGACCUCUCACCUUAUGUACCUGUACAUAAGAGAAGUGCAUUGCAGACCUUCCAUUGCUUCACUAGAAGCACCUGUUCAUUUAGCAUUCUAUAGUUUAAUCUCAUUGCAGGUUUUUCUUUUUGUUUAUUCGAUUUGUCUUUUGAAGACAAGCAUCUUAACAGGACUUCACAAUGUUAGUAAUGGGGCUUCCACCACUAAAUAUAAUGCACCCCCACAAAAGAGGUAUAACAGCAUCUUGUUAAAUGAAGUUGAACCGAGACCGUACAUGUGUUUUUCCUGCGACAAGGGUGUAAGUAAGCAGGGACUUCUAUUCAGUUGUUAAAUGUAUGGUAAAUACUACCCUAAACAUCCAACCAACCAAAAAUGUAUGGGUGUUAAUGUCUGUGAAGGCUUUCUCUACAAGAACCAGCACCUUUUAAAGAACAAGAUAUACUUGUUCUGUAUUUGUCUGCCAAGAGUAUUUCCCAACAAAGAGGAAUUGGAGCUUUGAACUCUGUGAAGGAUUUUGACUGUCUUUUCAUUAUCCUGUUGCAUUUGUAAGCACCUGGCAAAGAAAUCUCAACAUGGCUUAGCCUAACCCAUCUUUAAGGAAAUAAACAGGAUAACCCUGUUCAUUGGCAUACUUCACUAAUACUCCGCUUUGAGACAGGGAUUGGGACCAAUGCAGAAAGGCAACUUUAAAGCACACGGUUUAGAACAUUUAAUUUUGUUUAUGCCAUAUUUGGAAACAAUUUUGUGUGCAGUACUUCAUAAAGAUUCAUAAAGGAGGUAGGUAUACCUUGUAAUAAGAAUGUCUGAUCCUACAUUAGCUUGGUAAAAACUAUGCAGAGAAACAAAUCAAACUACAUAUUGAAUUUGAAAAUGAGUGCUCAUAGCUUAGCAGGAUUUUACUUACACUUUAUCAUGAAAAGAACUUCAUUAUAUAGAAGUGUAACUAUGUAAAAAAUGUAGCCAUGCUUCUGUAUAGUCAAAUUACAGGGUUUUUUUAUAUAGCCUUGUACAGGAAAGUUUGAAAGGAUGUUAAUAAAUAAGUUUUCCACUUUAAUAGCCAUUUUGCCAGUAUAUGCGAAUCUACAUUAAAACAGGCUGUGUGAAUUUUUUAUCCUUCCAAAAAUGGUAAUGCCCCCUUUGCAUGGCUGGUGUUUAGGUAGCAGAUUUUCAGAAAUUUCACUAAAACACUCUUGUCAUGGAUUUUUAUGAUAAAU